GAGCGGGUGUUGGAUACAGGUCAGGUUUUGUGUUGGAAACGGUGGCAGCCAGUACACCUAAAAACAAUUCUCCUCAGGCAUCUUUUAUGAGGGAAGACUUUCUCCUUUUUAUCGAUUCCCCUCCGACUUGCCUUGUACAAAUCGCUGACGCGGUGAAAAAUUUCCGGAUUCCUCACUGCCGCUCCUGGCGGUAGUUUCCGUUCGCUCCUUACCCCCCCCCUCCCACCGCUGGUUGAUGGGUGGCGGUUUCCUGUAUCCUGGCAGGAAGUAUGUGCCUGAGCAUGCGCAUUGCAUAAGCGCGCCUGAAACCCUCGUUUCUAGUGUUGCACGACGAGGAGGUUUUCUUCAGAGGAAGCGGCCAUUUCCCCGAUUUAUGAACAGUCGAGGACACCUGAUUUUAAUCUCAUGUAAUCGAAUCAAGAUGGAAAACAGUGAAGAACCUCAAAAAAAAGUUUUUAAGGCCCGUAAAACCAUGCGAGCAAGUGACAGACAACAGCUUGAAAGUGUAUAUAAAGUGAAAGAAGAUUUUUUGAAGACUGCUGAUCUGAAACUCUUAAAUGGAAAACAUGAAAAUGGGGAUUCAGAUAUCAGUUCUCCUUUAUUAAAUCCUGACUGCAUUGAGGAAAGAGAGGUGAAUGGCCUAGAAGAUGUAUGCCUUGAUCCUGAAGACAAUAAAAUAGAAUCUGAUGAAAUCACUGAUGUCAAAAUUCCAGAUAACAAGGACAACCAGCAUGGUGACUUAACAGCAAAAUUUGAAACUUUAUCUCCUGAAAACGUUGUUUCUGAGCAACAUCAUGAAAAUAGUAACCCACCUUUGAGCCCUGGAUCUGAAAGUCAAGUACUUGAAUGUCAUAAAGACCAUGACAUCCAGGAACAGAUCACUAUAAAAGAGGACCUGAAUUAUCAAGAUCUUUGUGUACCUGAUACUUUGGAUCAGAAAUCCUCAUCAAGUCAUACUGAAGAAGAAAGUAACAUUAAUGACCAAAUGGUAGAACCAGCAGAAACAAAUGAGUUGGCUAUUACUCCUGAACUAUCUAUGGAGGAAAAAAAUAAUGCAGAGGAAGCUGUUGUAAAAGAGAACGUUGAUGAGGAAGCAAUAUCUAGUAGUUUGAAUACAACUGAAGGUUCAAAGAAUGAAAUCAAAUCUGCAGAUGUUGUAGAGACUAUGGCUCAGAAAACUGUAGAAGAACCACCAACUGAGAAUAUGUUGGGAAAUGCAGCUAGAAUGGAAACAGAUGAAAUUAUUCCAAUUUUAGAAAAGCUGGCCCCAGCAAAUGCAUUAAAUUGUUUCUCUCAAUCCAUCCUGCUUCCUGUAGAGACUUCUAGCUUAUGUUCAGAAGAAAAGGUAGCAAAUUCUUUAAAUUCUCCAUCUAAACAUGAAAGCAAUGAAAGUUUGCCCAAAGAAGCUUUCUUGGUUCUUUCUGAUGAAGAAGAAGUUUGUUGUGAAAAAGAAGCUGUAGUAUUAAUGCCAAACCAUGAAAACCCUCCAGAAGACAGAGAGGAAAAAAAAGAACUGAAUCACAUAGAAGAAAAGGAGCCCAACAAGGAGGAGGAGAAACCUCCAGAAAAAUGUGAGGCAUCAAGAAGAAAGCGUUCUAAAUCAGAGGAUAUGGAUAGUAUCCAUUCUAAACGCCGGCGGUAUCUGGGAGAUUUUGAAGCAGAAUUUGAAGUAAAGAUUACAACCAAAGGAGAUGUUCAUCAGAAACUUGAAAAGGUCAUCCAUCGUUUUCUAGAAGAGAAAUUUAGUGCCAUGGAAUGUGCGUUGUUUGAGAAAACUCUAGAAGAUUUGAAAAGCAGAGUAGAUAAAAUUGAAUGCAAUAAGAGACACAAAACCGUCAUUACAGAAUUACAGGCUAAAAUUGCAAGAUUGACAAAACGUUUUGGAGCAGCUAGAGAGGACUCAAAGAAAAAACCAGAAACUCUACAAAACACAGCCCAUUCUCCAGGAAAAGCAGUGAGUGAUACAGGCAAUGUCAAUAGUGCGACAUAUCGAAAUGCUGGUACAGUAAGGCAAAUGCUGGAGUCCAAGAGAAAUGUAGGAGACACUCCAUCAACUACUUUUCAGUCCCCUGUGAAUACAGUGUCUGCUACUUCUCUUACUACUCCACAAACACCAGUCAGUGGACACCCGAAGCCCCAAACACCAGUCACUUCUGCAUCCCUUACAUCUGGCUCUUUGACGACACCUGUUCUUCCCACAGCUAACACUGCAACAGUAGUUGGUACCAACCAGGUGGCUGGUGGGAGUACACAGCCAAUGUCUGUCUCACUUCAGUCUUUGCCAGUAAUCCUGCAUGUACCUGUUGCAAUGUCCUCUCAGCCUCAGCUGCUGCAAGGUCACACAGGAACCUUGGUUACUAAUCAGCAAUCUGGCAGUGUUGAAUUUAUACCUGUCCAAAGCCAAUCAAACGUUGGCAAUCUAACCAAAACUCCUUUGUCUCUAUCAUCAACUAAUUCAGCAAAACCAAACAAUAACCCUUCAGUGUCCAGUUCAAGCAUUCAAAGGAACUCUCCAGCUAGUGUUGGCUGUUCAAUAGGGACAACCCUUGCAGUGCAAGCUGUAACAACAGCACAUCCUGUUGCACAAGCCACAAGGACUACUUUGGCUGCUGUGAAUACUUCAGGAAUAUAUACUCCUCCCAUCAAUAGGAACUCCAUACAGAUGAAGAUUCCUAUAUCAGCCUUCAAUAAUUCAGCUCCUGAAGUGAAUACUACAACACCAAGAAUUGAGAAUCAGACAUCCAGAUUGUUACCACUUCCACCACCACCAGCAGAUAAUAUAGGAAAUAAGAAAGCAGCUGAAGUGCCGUCGCAGACUGGAAAGAUUACAGGAAGUAUUGCAGCUGGAGUAAUUGAUCUCACAUUAGAUGAUGAAGAUUAUGGUUCUUCUCAAGAUGGCAAGAAGCAGAACCAGAACCAAGCUAACAACUCUGGAAUGGGCCUAUCAGCCCCAUCUAUUGCUCGCCCGUUACAUGCAGUACAGACAACCCCUCUCCAACAAGCUGGUAUGCCAACAAGUGGCCUGUCACAAGCCACCAUACAUGUUCUCCCCACAGCCCAGACAACUGUGAAUGUAACACAUCGCCCAGUGACUCAGGCUACAGCUAGACUCCCAGUACCAAGAGCUCCUGCUAACCAUCAAGUAGUCUAUACUACUCUUCCUGCACCAUCAGGACAGAAUCCUGUGCGAACCACUGUUAUGCAGAAUUCUGGUUUAAGGCAAAUCAACCCACAAAGUUCAGGUGUAACCGUGCGAGUGCCUCAAACAACAGCUUAUGUUGUAAACAGUGGGUUAACUUUAGGAUCUGGUGGACCUCAACUCACAGUACAUCAUCGGCCUCCUCCAGUACAUUCAGAGCCAUUGCGGCCUGUGCAUCCAGCCCCUCUGCCAGAGGCCCAGCAGCCCUCCCGACUGCCUCCUGAAGCUGCCAACCAUUCUUUGCCUCAGAAGCCACACCUGAAGCUAGCCCGAGUGCAAAGUCAAAAUGGCAUUGUGCUUUCUUGGAGUGUUUUGGAAGUGGACCGGAGCUGUGCUAGUGUGGAUAGCUAUCACCUAUAUGCAUACCAUGAGGACCCAAGUGCCACUGUACCCUCUCAGUGGAAAAAAAUUGGGGAAGUAAAAGCCCUUCCUCUGCCUAUGGCAUGCACACUUACUCAGUUUGUGUCUGGCAGCAAAUAUUACUUUGCUGUGCGUGCUAAAGACAUCUAUGGACGUUUUGGACCCUUCUGUGACCCCCAGUCAACAGAUGUGAUUGCUUCCCAAAGCAGUUAAACUUAAGACAUUGAAAGCUUCCAUUCUUGCCCCAUGGCUGUGGCUUGACCUAGUUUUGAGUUUGUUCUCAUGCAUGAAACUCAUUGUAAAAUCUUCUCUGCAGAAUUAUUUUGGAGAGCUCUUUCAUACACUACAAAACUUACAACCAAAACUGAAAUAAAUUCAUAACCUCCAGCAAGUCAGCUUGUAUUUCUGAUGAAAUAGUUUCCUCCCCUUUGCUUACAAGUCACUGUACCUAGUAAAUAGUGAGUUAGAAAGUUUUGGGAAUUUGGCUGACAUGUUUCAUGUGGCGUCAAAUCUAAUGUCAAACAUUGGCACAAGCGCAGAGUAUAACAGCCAGGUUAGGUGGGAAGCCUGGAUUCAGGGUUGUGCUUAGUCCUAGAAGAGUGGCCCAUUGUACUUUACAAGACAUCUAACCUACUUCCUAAAGGGCAAAAACUUACCCACAAUCAGUUUUUGAGUUCUUAUACAUGGGUCUGCUUAUUGAAAUGAAAAAGUUCCAGGCAGGCUUGCACUCGAUUUGUCACCAGAAUGUGAGAGUAUUUUGAAGCCCACCACUAAAGCCAGGUUUCUAGAAAACUUCAUUUGCAUUUUCAAUAGCUUCCUGAUUCUCUUUUUAUGAUCCUCUUUUUUAAAAAAAAUAAUUUAAUUUGUGCCUUAAACAAUAAUUUCAAAAUAAAUGCAGUCACACUUUC